GCUGUCCCUGAUCCCGAUCCCGGUCCCGGUCCCGGUCCCGGUCCCGGUCCCACCCCGCUGACCCCCUCAUGGCCAAGCAGAGUCCUGCGGAGCCGCAGGCGGCGGGGCCGAGCGGCGCGGCCCGCGGGAAGAGCAAGAAGAGGAGGAAGAAGAGGAAGGCCCUCGGGGAAGCGGCGGCCGCGUCGAAAGGCCCCGGCAUGGCGGCUGUGGGUCCCCCCCGCGACCCGCAGGAGUUCUCCUCCAACUGGAAGGCGCUGCAGGAGCUGCUGAAACAAAAGGCAAAUAACUCCAAGAAGCCCCUCUCCAUGGGUCAAACAGGCACCACAAAGAAGCAGCCACUCAAAGCAGCCAAAAGCCCAGGAGUCCCAGCAGUCAAUGGGAAUGGGAAUGUGGUGAGGGCCAAAUCCACAAAUAAAAUGGACAGUGGUUCUGCUAAAGCCAGUCCUCCUUUGGCCAAGCCAGAAUCCAAGGGGGGUGCAGCAAAGAAGAGCUUAAAUGGCACCAAAAGCAAUGGGAAAGGCAGCAAGGAAAAGAAGAAAAAUGGCAUUGUUGUGAAGGAGAAGGAUGAGCUGAAACAUAAGAGGAGGAAAGCUGAGGAACACGUGGAGCAGCAGCCCAAAGAGCCUGACAUCUGGUUUGAUGACGUUGAUCCCAAAGAUAUUGAAGCAGCACUUGGACCUGAAGCAGCAAAAAUUGCCAGAAGGAACCUGGGACUUGAAACAGAGCAAUGCCAGUCUGUGGAGCAGGUGCUGGUGAAGGAAAAGGCUUUUGAGGGGCUGACCCGGGCCGUGGCCAUGGACUGUGAGAUGGUGGGGGUGGGCCCCAAGGGCGAGGACAGCAUCUUGGCUCGCGUGUCCAUCGUCAACCAGUUUGGCAAGUGUGUUUAUGACAAGUAUGUCAAGCCCACGGAGAAGGUGACAGACUACAGGACAGCUGUCAGUGGCAUCCGGCCUCAGAAUAUUAACUCAGGUGAAGACUUUAAAACGGUUCAGAAGGAGGUGGCCGAGAUCCUGCAGGGAAGGAUUUUAGUUGGACACGCCUUACGGAAUGACCUAAAGGUCCUACUUCUUGAUCACCCUCACAAGAAGAUCAGGGACACACAGAGAUACAAACCUUUCAAACAGAGAGUCAAGAGUUCCAGGCCAUCCCUGAAGCUGCUCUGUGAGAAGCUGCUCAAUGUCCAGGUGCAGACAGCAGAGCACUGCUCGAUCCAGGAUGCACAAGCAGCUAUGAGACUUUACACCCUGGAGAAAAAGAAAUGGGAAGCUGCUGUUAAGAACAAAGCUAACAAGAAAAGUUGUAAAACUUAAAAACACAGGGCAGAAUCUUUCAUCUGCAGCAUUUGCUGGUUUGAUGUCACAUUCCAAAUUUAGAGAGAGGUAAAAACUGACAGCAGCUGCUUCAUAAAAUCCAUCCAAAGACAAUGCUGCAAUAACCUGGAAGUGCAGGAAUGCUGUUGUAUCCUGUGGAUGGGCCCUGUGCCUGCUACUGUGCUCAAACAGCCUUUGUAACAAAUGCCUGCAGAUGGGAAGAACUUCAUCAGUUAAAUUUCUUCAACAGAAAUAGACACGGAACAAGUUAAAAAAAUUAAAUUAUGAUAAAUAAAGGAAGAAACUGUCAUUGCUUUGUCAAAACUCCAAGGACUAAAAUCUUUAUUUUAGGUAUGUUGAGGCCCACAAAGCCAGGUCUGCUGCAAGGUGAAUUCUUAAUUAUUGCUGUUAGUCACACACUUGUGGUACCUAAACCAGCAAUAAAUACCUGUUUAUAUAUUAUUAA